AUGGCCAUGCAAGACGAAGAAGAAUGUUGUGACGGUGGAACCGAUACACCGCCGGCGAUUGUGAUGGAACGGCGUCGGCGACCGGGCAGAGAACAAUGGUCGAACAAAACGGAUUUCUUGAUGUCCGUUAUCGGAUUCGCCGUAGACUUGGCGAACGUGUGGCGAUUCCCGUACUUGUGCUAUAAGAACGGCGGAGGUAAGCAAUAAGCAUGUUCACGGGAUUAUAUAUAAGGUUAAAAGUUGGGAAGGUAUAGAGGGAAUAUUUAAUGUACAUCUGUAUGCAACGAUUGAACGAUUAAUUAUUGUAACGAAAAACAAUUUUGAGUGGAGUUCGGUUUUACAUGUUUUGAAAGGCCGUUGUAUUUACGGUUUCAAAAUAAUAUAUUUCGUAAAUUUUUCCACUUUUCCUACCUUUUUUCCUAAUAUUAUGAAAACCAUUUGGAAAAUAAAAAAAUGACUUCACUUAGUACCAUCCAAAUAAAAUUUCCUUUCAGAAAAGAUGCUAAACUUUAAAAUUGGAGCAAGAUUUCUGGUAGAAAAGGUACACCACUUACCUUCCCCCUCAUCCUAGUCAUGGUCAUGAGAACUUUUAUAAUUUAAAUAAAAAUGUACAAGUAAAUCUAAGAAUUAUUUAUAUAAAAUUGUAUAAAGAUAACAAGUUAAAUAUACCUAUAUAGAUAUCGCACAAUUCUUCGAUAGUUAUAAUUCGCAAUAAACCAUUAUUCUUUUUAGAAUAUUUUUUAAAUUGUAUAUAACUAUAAAAUCGUGUUUUGUAGACAACGAUGAUUAUUUGGAAAACGUAAUAAGUAUGCAUCGAACAUUUUUUAGUUCAUGUAAUAAUAAUAACUAUAAUAAUUGUUUUAAUAUGGAACAUUUUGCUUUUUGAAAUGGAAUAAUAAAAAAUUAAACGGAAACCAUUUUUUCUACUACUUUGGUAAAAACGAAGUACCUAUCUGUAAAGUCUUGUUAUAAGAUUUUUGCAAUGGCCUUGUCAUAGUUAUAAGUAUAAAAUAAAUGCAGAAAGUGAGGAGAAAAAAAACGAACCGUUUAAGGAGUAAUAAAAAAAAAAAAAAAAAGGAGAGAAGAAUGAAUAUCUGCAAAAGAACGAGUGCUCCGGAACUGAUGACAAUUUUCUUGCUCGAUCGCCUUUGCUAAAACGUAUUCAAUGAUAUUAUAUAGAUGAAUUCAGUUAAAAGGUUUUUGAAAUGUUAAAAUGUAUUUACACGUCGUUCGAUAUUAAUAAAAAGAAUAAGCUUAAAUAGGUAAUCACUAAUAGAAAAUGUUUAAAUAAAAACCAUUUAUUUUUGCAUUUGUAUACAGGACAACUUAGGAAUCUGAAAUUGUAGUCCAUUAAUACCAUAUUAGUGUAAUAUUAUAGAUGAUACUUUAGAUUUAUAAUAUAUGUAAUAUAUAUGUACAGUAAACGUAUACUUAUACAUCAUUUAAAUUAAAUAAACGUCGGCAAGAAUAUUUUUAAGCACUAACAUGCUAAAAUGGCUUUUUCUUAGGCCGCAUAAUGUUAAUUUUAAUUUUAAUUUAUUGUUGUGCAGAUUGUUUUUAUUUAUUUAUAAUUAGAAAAAACUAUUCAUAUAGUUCUCAAAUUGUAAUAACGGUUCUGAGUGUAUAUAGCUCAGCAAUCAAAUUUUAACACUUUCUCGUAUUUUUCAGUUUUUUAAAUUAUUAAGAUAUAGCUAAGCAGUUACCUAUCUAAAAUAUCAUUUGUGUUUUAUAAUUCGUUUACUAUAAUAUAAUUGUAACUGUAAUGUAACUAUGUAACUUUUUAAACUUUUAAACUAGGUAUUCUAAAAAGUGCAGUUAACCGAAAAGUUAAAGUAACAAAAAAAAAAAACAUACUAUUCGAAAACAUACUUUCGCUUGGUUGGAAUUCAAAAUUAGGCUAUAUUAUAUAUUGUUUUCGGGACAAAUAUAAUAUGAUGAUUUAUUACUUAUUGGUCCAUGCCACUCCAUGCGACAUACUAGAGUACAUAAUUUUCCAAUUAAUCCUUUCAUAAAGAAUCGCUCUAUCAUAAUAUUAUGAGUACUUAAAACUGGAAAAAAUUAGUUAACGAGUAUUAGGUUUAAUGUAUUCUCUCGACAAAAAAUGAGUUAAAAAAAAAAAAAACAUACUUAUAAUACCUUGGACUAUGGUUGAUACAAUGAGGGUGCAAGCUAAAAUCGUGUUAUAUAUGUUCUAAAAAGUAUAUUAACCGAAAUCAUAUAUGAAUAAUGAAAAACCUAGCUCCUCUUCAAAUUUAAAAAAUUACUAUAUUAUAAUUACUAUGUUAGUAUGUCAUAGUGAUAUAUAAAUAUUACACACACAUUAUACAUAUAUUAAGCAUAGGUAAUAGGUAUAGGUGGUUCGUUAGGUGUACCUAAAGAAGACAGAUCAUAUACUUAUUUCUAUAAUAUGUAACUAUUGACGUCAAUUGAUUUUAAUUGUUUAGAAAAUAUACCUAUUGACAUUUGCUCAUAAAAAAUGUUCGAAUUAUUAAAGUAAAUAAAGUUUUGUUUUUAUUUGUAAAUAUUAUAUACAUAAUCGAGUACAUUUUUGGAUAACAGUGUAUAUAUCUAAAUAUACUGGUAUCGUUCACCGAUCAGUAUUGAACUCUAGUUCAAUGGCGCGUCUGAGAAACAAAUUUGAAGAGAAGAGCAAAAUAUGAAAUAGCUUACUAUACAAUUUUAUAUAAUUUAUGUUUUAUAUUAAAUCGUAGGUAUUGUAUUGAUAUACAAUAUGUAAAUGAUAUACAAACAUUCAUUAUUAUAAUUUUUUAAGUUUUUACGGGGGCAAAUCCCCAUGGUACCCAUGGCUGCAACUGAAUAGGUCGCAACAAGAGUAUUACGAGGCACAUUUUUUAGUUUUUAAAACGAAUACUGUAUUAUUAUAUUAUGAUGUCAUAUAGACGUCACUUAAUUUUUAUUUUUCCCCUCACAAAUUAUUAAUAACCCGAAAUGAGUAAGGCGGGUGCGCCGGAAUAUUUUAAAACAAUAGACGUCCCGAGUGAUACAUGUAUAUGACAAAAGUGAUUUAUGAACACCCGUACAUAACAUAUCCAUAAUGCACUUGUCGGACCAUGACUUUUGGUCCACCUUGUGCAUUUCGUUCGAACCCGAAUCAUGAAAAUAUAGGUAUAUGACGUACAUACGUGUAUAGUUUUAUGAACAUAGGGAAAAGGGACCCUCUGAGUAUACGGAUUUAAGUAGACGUGGCGUCAAUUAAAAUGAUAAAUUUAAAAAUAUUAAUAUGCCUUUGAAUUUGGUUAUUAAUUUUAUAAAUAAAAAUUAUAUAAUUAUUUUCAGGAAGAUAAUUAUUAACUAUUAAUAGUAUUUUUAACAAAACAAAAAAAACACAAGCAUUCUAGAUUUUAUCCUGAAACAAAUUUUAAAAAACCGGAUAAAUAAUGAGGAGACUAGAGAAGUACCAGCUAUAGUAUUUGCAAAACUUUUCCAGUCUGAUUUUUACAGAUCCAUAGUAGUUCGUAGAUGAUCAAAGGGCUUCCUACAGGAAAUGAGAAAAUUUUGUUAACAGCAGGAAAUAAUGUUCGAACACACGGAAAUAGCUCAUUACUGAUAAGGUGUAUGUAAAGACCAAAUCCUGCAUAUUAUACCUUCAGGGAUAUUGAGAAUCAAACAGUAUUAACGUAAAUUAUAUUAUCGUUUUCAAAUUAUUCACCAUUCGGAAUUAUUUUCACUACCUAUAUGAAUUCUUAUAAUUUAAAUUUCCCUGCGAAAUACUAUAUUAUAUAUUUCUUUAGAUAUAUAUUAUUUAUAAAGGUAGGUACUUCACUUACAUUCAAAUUAAGUAAUUUUUUGAGGAACCGAUUUUAAUUGUUUGUUUUUAUUUUUAGUAGUUCUAUAAUUUGUUUAGUACAUAUACCUAAUAGUAACUAAUAAUUAUAUAAAUAUCGAUUAUUUUUUAUAAAUUUUGUAUCUUUAAUAAAAUAUUUUCAGUUAAACAUAUAUUUUACAGUUUUAAUAAAAGCUGCUUGAAUAUAGUUUUGGGUGUUCACUGAACUUGAAAUUUGUUUGUGGGUGGCUUAAAUUUGUUAUGAAUUUAUGAUAAAAUUGAUUGUUUUUCAAACCGUAGAUCGUGCCAAUUGUAUUUUUCCUUUUAGUAAGUAUUGUUUUAGGUUGUAUUAUAUUCGCAGAGUGUGAUGCGCUAACUGGACAUUAUUUUUCUACUAAUUGAACCACUAAAUAAAAUAUUUAAAUCCAUCUCUGCAUUCAUAUAUGUAUAGGUAGGUAGUACAAUAUACAUACUUGAGCGGAGAAGAAAACUUAAAUAACUAUAUCAGUAAAUCAUUCUAUGAUUCUUACAGGAAAUAUAACGUCUUUGUAGUAUAGAUACCUAAGGAUAUUAAUAUUGAAGAACUACAGAUGUAGCUAUAGAAUCUAUAGUAUAAAGUAUAGUUCUUUUUACUUGUAAAAUUUACUUGAAUAGUUUUGCAUGGUGGUGUAUUCACUCAUGUGUAAAUCAGAUAGCGAUUAUUAUUUUUUAUUAUUAUUCAUAAACUCGUAAAUAGUAAAAUCGUACAUAUUUUGUAAAUAUUUCACGUUUAGAUUUCUAUUUGAAAUUUUGAUUUGAAUCUAUAUGGAUUAUAAAAAAAAAAAAUAUUUUCAUUAUAAUAUUUUAUUCAGUUUUUUUAUUCGUGGCUAUACGUAUAAAAUUAUGCUAUAAAAGUAUAAAAUGUAUUAUUAUAAGUAGGUACCUAGAUAAAAAUCUAUUGAAAAAAUAUUAUAGAUAUCAAUACGUAUUUUAGACUUCGAAUAUAAUAUUGUAUUAUAGGACUAUAUUAUCGUACUAUGUUUUAUUUCUUAAUUCGGAUAAAAUUAGAUUUAAAUUCGUCUGAAUGAAAUCGGAAUAAUAUAAUGUAAUACGUUCAAUAAUAUCGUAAUGUUUCAUAUAUAAAGUAACACAGAGUAUUAAAUAGGUACUCAUCAUAUUUUUACGUUUGAUAUAAUAUUUGUCUCGUUCUUUUGGACCGAAAUGAAACAUAAUGUACGUUAAGUAUCGAGCAUUUAUUAUCAUUGUUCAUAAUAAUAUUAUAUUAUUCCCCACUUUAAGGAUUUUCCUCUCGUCAUUCUUAUAUACUAUAUAUACACCACGUUAGAACGACUUUUCAUGCUCCGGAUAUAUGAUAUAACAUAAACCUCUUACGUGGAAUAUUCUUGAAUUACAGUGAUGAAAUUCUGACAGAUAAUACCCACCUCUGCUUCUUAUUUGCGAACGGUAAUAGUCUCGGAAAAAUAUUAAUUUGAAUCAAAUCCGUACUUUAGGCGUAUAAACAAAUUAACUAGGUACCUAUGUAUUUAAUAUUAUAUUUUAUUAAACCGCGAUUUCAUUAGUUCGAGAAAAUCUCUGCAAUUUUCUUUUUUUCAUUUAUAUUUCAAAACAAUUUUCCUCAGGACAAUAUUCAAGCAUAUUUGUAUGUUCGUAAAAUAUUUUAGUCGUUGAAUAACAUUUUUAUAGUUGUUAUAUAAAAUAAGUGAGUUCAAUACCUAUUCAAAUUAUUUAUAAUAUAAUUUGAGAACACAAAGUAUGUUUUAAUUUUAAAAACCAAAUUAUAAUUACGUUAUACUUAUGUUACAAAUUGUUUAAUUCUAUGUACGUCUUUGAUAUUUAUAAUUAGCUCGUGCACAUGAUGAUGUAUUAUUUUAUUUCAAACAUGAUAGACAGUAUAUUAAUAUUAUUCAAGGUGUAGAAAUACACUAUACCGUAUCCGUAUAAUUUUCCUUCUACUAUAUUAGCUUGAUUCGAUAAAUUAUAAUAUACUGUACUAAAACAAGAUAAUGAUAUUAUAAUAAUAUUUGAGUAGCUAUUAUGCCUAUAAUUUUAAUGCAAUAUUCCGAAGCUCUUUGUCGUCUUUCAUUUAUAUGAUCACUGAUUCACCUAACCUAUUCAAUUAUUAUUAUGUACAUACUGAGUUUCCUUUAUCAUUAAUAAAAUGUACUUAUGCAUAUUAAAUUUCAUACCACUUUGUCUUGUCAUUAAAGAGAAAGGUACUCAUGCUUAACACUAUAUGAACGUUUGUAAGCUAAAAAUUAAAUUAUUUUGAACAUGGUAUUGUAUUAUAUUUUACACAUUCGUGUUAAAAAGCAUUAUCUGGGUGUAGACACGAUACUGUAAAUAAAGGCAAAGUUAUUAAAUUGAUAUUUUAAUUUCAGAUUUUUAAAAGACGAUAGGCUCAUUGUUUCAAAUAAGUUUACAGUAUUAUAUAUAAUAUACAUUUCCUGUAGAAUUUUAUCUAUUCCGUCCUUAUAUUUCCGUUGAAAGGAAAAUUAAAUAAUACAAAUAAAUAUUUUUCGAAACUCAAUUGAGCGAUACCAAUAAUGAUUCUGACGAAAAUAAUUCAAAAUAUUAUUAUAAUAUCAAGCCACCAAGUUUUUUUUCGCUAUCAGCUUUAACGUAACUGAAUAAUAAUAAUAUAUUUGUUCAAUAAAUAUGUGGCUCUAAUAUUAUUGCCUAUAUGAAAUGCCUACUAUAUAAUAAAGUACUUAGUGAAAAUAAUAAAUCAAAAUGCAAAUUCAAGUAAAAGAGCUGAUACUGGGGACGAGUGUGCUAUUGUUGUAGAUAAGAAGUUGGGAAGAUAGGAUGUAGAGGAAAAUUUAAUUUAUAUCUGUACUCAAUGAUAUACCAUUACUAACGAAAAACUAUUUGGAGCGAAGUUCGAUUAUGUGUAUAUAAAUAUAUAUGUUUUGAAAGGCUAUAAUAUUUACGAUUUUGGUCGAAAUCUGGUAUUAAAAUUCUUAUAAAAAAAAAAAAACUAAAUUACUCAAUUUUUUUGUUUUACCACAAAGAACGACUUACAAUGAAACUCCUGUUAAUUUUUCUUGAAUUGCUAUUUAGCUCAACAACUUUAUCCACAUAGUACCUACCGAAUAAAAAUUUCAUACAAAACGUACACAAUUAAAAAUGUUUAUAAAUAGCUCAAAAAUGACACAAUAAUGUUCUCAACAUUUUACCAAUUCUGUCCGAACUUCAAGUCCCUGCGAAUAUAUUUAACUGAAUUACAACAAAAUUGAAAAUGGCAAAAGCAUUACUUUCUUAAAUUUUCCAGUUUUCCUACGUUUUUCCCAAUCAUUAUGAAAACCACUUGGAAAAUGACAUCCUUAAAAUACCAAGCAGAUAAAAUUACUUUUCAGGUAAGGUAUUACACUUGAUAUAUCGGAAAAAGAUUUCUGGUAGAAAAGUUGCUUAUAGAAAUAAAAUAAAAAGAUAAAUAUCAUUGUAAAUCCAAUACAUUCCUCGUUAUCUUUCGAAUCUAAUAUAUAUAUAGUAUAAAAUGUAUUAAUUUGUAUUUUCUAAAUUCGUACUAUUUUUCCACAGGGGCGUUCUUGAUACCGUACUGUACCAUGUUGUUGGUCGGAGGCAUUCCUUUGUUCUACAUGGAAUUAGCCCUAGGGCAAUUUUAUCAAACUGGCGCAAUAACAUGCUGGGGUAGAUUGGUUCCAUUGUUCAAAGGUGAGUGACAAUUUACUUCCGGUCAUACUAUAAAUAAUUCAUUUUCAAUUCUCAGAUUUUAUUUUAUUAUAAUGUAUGUACCUUUGUAUAUAUUUACAUAAUUAUGCAUACAUAGGUAUUGGUUAUUCGGUGGUUUUAAUUGCGUUCUAUGUGGAUUUCUACUAUAAUGUAAUCAUAGCGUGGGCAUUGCGAUUCUUUUUGGCUUCAUUCACGGAUAUUUUACCUUGGACCACGUGUGAUAAUGACUGGAAUACAAUGUUUUGUCAACCGGUAAAUUGUAUUUUUAAUUUACUAUAAUAUUAUUAUGUGCAGCCUAUAAAUGAAUGGCUAAAUGUAGAAAGGGCACAAUAUGUUUAAGAAAGACAAAAAACUUAAUAUUUCUGAAAAAAAUUAAAAAUUAAUUUUAUGUUAAUAACUAAUAUUAAAGUGUUAGAUAUUUAAUGAUAUCUAAUGACAGCUUUUACUUACUCUUAAAAUUCACAAAGAAAGCGCUUAAAAAAAGCUUUGAAAAAACACUUAAAAAAUAUUUAAUAAAUCGAAAAUGAUUGAGGAGUUUAACAAGCUCUCUAAUAGCUUUAAAUUAUUAGAUACAAUUUUUUAACACUACAAAAAAUAUUAACAAUUAAGUAUUUUUUCAAAAAUAAAAUUGUGAACAUUAUAAAAAAAUUACUUUGUGAUGAUAAUUUCUAUAGUAUUUGUUUUUUUAAGUGUUUUUUUUUACAUUUUUAAGCGCUUAUCUAUAAUUUUCUACAGUCAUUUUAUGACAUAUUAUACAACUAGAUGCUUUUUGUCUUAAAUUUUAAAUAUGCAUCCUUUCUGAACUUAGAGAGUAUCGAAGUAUUAUUAAAACGCCACGCACUCUGCGGCCACACAAACGAUACUCCAUUAUUCUGCCCUUACCCAAACUUAAAACUGUAAUAUGUCGUAAACGGGUUGAUGGAAAUCAAAAAUAUCAACACUAAAAUUUAAUUAAACAAACAAUCCGUUUAUUUAUGGACAUUUUAGUAUAUGUUACCAUUUGAAAAUCAAAAGUAGAUAGUUCUAGUUCAAAAAAUAAGGGUGACAAAAAAUAAUGGCGUUGUAAAAUUUUAGAGCUACUUUAAUAAAAAAUUGUUUAGUUUCUUAAAUUGUCAAAAAAUAAAUCCGAAAAAAGUUAAUACUUUCUAAUAUAUCAAGUGAUCUUAAUCUUCGUAGGAUAUGCUGUGUACCAAUAUAUAUUAUUUAUUACAUUUUAUUUAAUGAUGUAUUGGUAUUAUAUAAUUGAAAUAAUAAAAAUCCUAUUUUGCUUUAAAUAUUGAUUGUUAUUUAAUCGAAAACUUUAAUUGUUAGAAAUGCUCUUAAACUCAUAAGUAUAAUAAAUCGUACAAAUAUAUUAUUUUAAUUAAGUUAAAAAUCUUACCAUUAAAUAUUCCAUCAAUAUAAUAAAAAUUUAUAUCAAUAAAUUAACAUCAUGCAUAUGAUUGAAAUAUUUUUUUGUUAAAAGUUUUUUACUAUACUAUUUAAAAAGACUGUUUUAUAUGAAUAACAAUACAAAUAAUAAAUAACAGAUAAUUGUUAUUGUUAUUAUUUUGUUUUUAUAAAAUCGACGAAGAGUUAAAUUUUUAGACUAUUGUGGUUUGACUUUAAAAUUUUUAAAUUUAGCUUACAAUAUGGUCAAAUGAUUCAAGUUUAAACUCAAUAGACAAUGUUACAGUCAUGGCAAACGAUUCCCGUUUAGCAAGUGCUUCUUCGGAGUAUUGGUUGUAAGUAUAAUACUUACCAAGUUUUACAGCGAAUUAUUAAAAAAUAUUAUACCUACUGCUUAUUAUUUAUACUAAUUCAUUAUUGAUAUUGUUAGAUUAUUAAAAUAUGUUUUUCUUUAGACGAAAAGUGCUGGAAUUAAACCACAGCGAAGGGAUUCAUGAUUUAGGUUACAUUAAAUGGGACAUGGCAGGAUGUUUGUUUUUGGUUUAUGUGAUAUGCUACUUCAGUUUAUGGAAAGGAAUAUCUACGUCCGGAAAAGUUUGAUAUUUUACAUUUUUACUAUUUAUUAUUAAAUGCGCAGUGCAUAUAAAUAACGAUUCUUAAAUUGAUUUGCUACCCCACAGGUUGUUUGGUUUACUGCAUUAUUUCCGUAUGUAGUAUUAAUAUUUUUACUCACCAGAGGAAUUACCUUACCGGGUUCCGCUGAAGGAGUUCGAUAUUACUUGUAUCCGAACUUUUCUAUGAUCGCUAAACCAGAGGUAAAAUUCUUCAACUAUUUAUUUUUUUUACACAUUUAUUAUUUAUAAAAUACCUAUACUAAUAAUACCAUUAUGUAUGGAUAAUAGAUUCAUUAAGUUAUUGUACGCACAAGUACGAGUAUGAGAUGCUAAUAAAACAGCCAAAAAUAAAUGUAUGCAAAUUAUUUAAUCCAAAAAAUAUUUGAGUAGAGGUGUUUGAAACGUAUUUUGCAGACUGAAGAGUAUUUGAUACGAAAUAUAACGCACGAAAAUAUUCAAUCUGAAAAUAAAUGAAUCAAAAAUAUUUAAUCUGAAUAUUAGUUUAUCAAAACCGUAUUUGAUUAGAAAAUUAGGUAUUUUAGACGAAAAUAUUUUGUCUAAAAAAUAUUUCAUCCAAACCGUAUUUUAUCCAAAAAUGUUUCGUGGAUAAAAACAUAGACAUAUUCAAAUUCAAUAUAACAUAUUUAAUAUAUUCAAAUAAAGUUUCAACUACAUUAUCUAUCUAACUAUUCGUACCAUUUAAAUAGGUACUUACACAUAAUAGACUAUUAGUUCAACACUGACUUAAAUGUUAUUUUUUAAUGUGACACUGUGAAACAUUUUCGGAUAAAAUUUUUUCUGAUAUAAUAUUUCGUGUAAAAUACUUUUCAGAUCAAAUACGGUUUUGGCAAUAUAUUUUUCGGAUUAUAUAGGUACCAUUCGUAUAAAAUAUUUUUUUAAGCACACUUUCGAGUAAAAUACGUUUGGGUAAUAUACCCUUUGGCCAAAAUACAAUUUUCGAAUAUUUUACGUGGAUCGACCACACGAGUAUAUAUAGAAAACAAAUAAUAAUUUAGUAGAAUUUUAUUUUAUAGGUAGUUGUCAACAUGAAAUUAUUAUUAUUGUUAUUUUUAAUUAAACGAUCGAAUAUACCAUACAAUUCUGCAGAAUUAUUUAGAAAUAUCAAGAAAAAAAUAUAUUAUACAUGUAUAAUAAAAAAUAAUAAAAUCAUUUCGCACAUCAAAACACUUCUGCACAUAAUAUCUGCUUAAUAUUAUUCGCCACAUAUUUUUAUUAUACCAAAAUUAUACAGCUGUUUACGUAUUCCAACAACAUUUUCACGUAUAAAGAAUUGUAUAUAGACGUCCAUUAUGAGCACCCAUCAACGAAAUGGAAUUGUCGUGUCAAAAUGAGCUUUCCUUUUCAUGUUGAAUCCCAUAUUGACCACUAUAAGCACUAACCAGUCUAAGUAUACCUACGUAUAAAAUAAAAUAUCAACAAUUUGGAAUAUAAUAUACGGCUUUUUUAUACUAACUUUUUGAAUUAUUUUAUGAACAAUUUUGACAUACGAUAGGAUACAUAUACUUGCUAUACUGUAUAUACACAUGACACACAUCGCUGCACUCUGUGCUUACUAUAUAUAAUGUAUAUAUUGUAUAUAUUAUAUAAAUUAUUCUAUAGUUGCCGUAAGUACAUAAUAUAAGUAAGUAUAGUAUCUAGUAUAGUGAAGCAUUGGAAAUCCUUAACUAUAUUUCGUAGGUUUAUAUUAUUUACGUUAGGUUGUAUUAUUAUACAGUACAUAGUUUAAAACUCGAAAGUUCUAUAUAGACUAUAGAGGGAUAAAAACUUUUACUUUGGCGUUUUUCGAGUUAUUUAUCAGCGAGAUUUUGUUAAAAAUAAAACAUUUAGGGUUAGGUAUCUAUUAUGUAAUUUACAAACACGUAUGAGAUUUUAUUUUUGCAUAAUAAUUGAAUACAUUUGUAUACCUAUUGCACUAUCCUAUAUAAUAAAACACCUAUUAGUUCUAUGAAAGAUUUAGCGGUUAAAGAUUGUAAGAAGUUAAAUAUUAUUAUAGUUAAAUACCAAUAAUGUAGUUUUGUUGUAGGUUUGGGUGGACGCGGCUACACAAGUAUUUUUUUCACUUGGUCCUGGAUUCGGGGUAUUAUUAGCCUAUGCCUCGUAUAACAAAUAUCAUAACAACGUUUUAAGGUAAAUGUAUUUCGAUUGUUUAAUAUAUUUUAAGUAAAGAAGUGAAAACUGAGCCAUAUUAAAUAAUAGGUAUCUGGUAUAUUAAAUAUAAUAAAAUAUUAUUGUUUACUUUGUUAUAAUAAAAGUCUCCAAUUUUACAAUUGCGUAUAAACCUAAUUCAAUUUCAGCUUUCUAAAUAAUUUAGUUGUUGUAUGUGAAAAAUUUAAUACUGUGUCGCUUUUCUUCUAGCAUCGAUCCUUUUUCUUAUUUUCUAAAGCGUUUUUCAUAUAGGUAAAUUAGAUAAAUAACGCUACUUAUCACUAGAAUCGUAUGACUAAUUUCAAAAAUAAUAAUAAUCAACUGAAAAAUAUAAUUUUUUUUUCAUUAUAUUACAGGUUAUUUGAAUGAAACGUUAGCUGAGAAUAAUAUUGAUAUCAGAGUCAUUAUUAUUUGCAAAUCUAAAUUAUAAGAAAUAAUAUAAUUAACAUACGCGUGUUGUUUUAUGUGAUCGUUUAGGGAUGCGUACUUGGCAAUUAUGUGCAAUUCGAUAACGAGCUUUUUGUCCGGAUUUGUCAUAUUCACUGUCUUGGGUUACAUGUCCCAUGUUUCUGGUCGGCAGAUUCAACACGUGGCCACCGAGGGACCCGGUUUGGUCUUCAUCGUUUACCCAGCAGCCAUAGCAGCUAUGCCAGGAUCCGUGUUUUGGGCUUUAAUAUUCUUCAUGAUGUUGCUUAACUUGGGCCUUGACAGUUCGGUAUAAUAAACAGUUAAAUAAAUAAUUUUGAUUUUGUGAAUGUAUGAGAUCAAUCUAUAUAUAUAUGUACAGUUUUUUUUUUAUAUUUGAUGUUCAGAAUUGAUUAUAUUUUUUUUAUUAAAUAAUAGUUAUAAUAUAUAUUCUAUAAUAUAUUACUUGAUAUUACUAAUAUUUAUUAAUUUCAGUUUGGAGGUUCGGAGGCAAUCAUAACUGCAAUGAGCGAUGAAUUCCCAUUGAUCAGACGUAACCGAGAAGUGUUCGUAGCGUUAUUAUUUCUUCUCUACUUUGUAGUAGGUCUCGCGUCAUGCGCUCAAGGAGGAUUUUACUUCUUCAAUUUACUCGACCGUUACGCUGCUGGAUACUCAAUGCUCAUUGCCGUACUGUUCGAAACUAUUGCUGUAUCGUGGAUCUAUGGUAUCAACGUUUAUAUUAUAAUUUUUAUAAUUUUUUUUUUUUUUUAGUAUAUCGAAAUAUAUAUAUAAAUAAAUGCAAAUCCAAAUUUACGAAGAACUAAUAGAUAUAUGUAAAGUAGUAAUUAAAAUAAUGGCGUACCUGUGAGGGGAGAAGGUAGCAUCCCACCCCUGUGGGUCGUAUAAUUAUAUGUGUGCAUUAGUAUUUGUGUAUACAAUUAUUUUGAAGUAAUUAUUAACAAUAUAACAUGGUCAAAUUCAUAGAUUAUAUUAUUUUUUUGUUAUCUAUGAUCAAAUUGGGUCAAGGUUUUUGGUAUCAAGAUGGACCAGGAUUAAUUAUGAGGGCUUACACUGUUAAUUUCAUAUUUACCAGAAAAUAAGUAUACCAGCUAUGAAUUAUAUAAUUGAAAGAUUUUCUUCUAUAGACAAAUUCAAGUCGAAGUUAGACUUUGUAUUAUAAUUUUUUAACAUACAUUAUAAGCUAUAUAUACCAUUAUAUAGGUAUAUAUAUAGGUGGUAUUUCCUUUUGGAUGUACGCCGAUAAAUCUACCCAUUGUUUGUUUUAACACUGUACAUAGGUGUAUAACACUAUUGUGAAUCGUUUUGUGUGUUACACAAUGAAGGGAUAAAAGUACUUACGGACGAACGGUUUCCAAUUGGAUUACCUCUUAUAUAUUCUUAUAGAGACGCGAUUUGACGAUAGAUAAACCUACUGCACAAGUACAAUAUAUAUAUAUAUAUAUAUUUUUUUUUUUUACUAGACUUUCUAAAUUUUUUUAAACCGUAUUAUUAUUCUGUAAUAGUAUAAAAUGCAAUCAUAAUAUUAUACAAACUACCAGUGACGCACCCAGGAUUUAUUUUCGAGAUGGAGGGAGGUUUUAUAAAUUUAAAAAAGUUGAUACUACUUACGGGUAUGUCAUUGUUGCAUAGGUGGAUAGUUGGGAAGAUAAGUAUAGGAUAUACAGGAUAAUUGAAUUUAUAUACUGUACGCAACUUUAAAAAACGAUUCUGAGUAAGGCAGAAAUGUAGUGACAUUAGUCGUGCUAUUUUUCUUGUUGCCAAGAUGACUCGGAAAUCAAAAAAAAUUAAACAACAAAAAAAAACUGCUGAAAAUGUCGAUAAAUGUUACAAAUAAAGUACUAUCGGUCAAAAAUUCCGCAUCUUUUGAGAUAUUACGUGAAAAAUUGGAGCUUUUCACUAACCAAAAGUGUUAAAAAAAAGAACAAAUAAUAAUUUUUUAUUUUAAAGUUACUUUAAAAUAUGAACAUUUCGAAAAAAUGUUCAAUUGAUGUACCAUCAAGAGUAUUUUUAUUAAUCAUAAAAGUAUUUUCCUAAAAAUAAAAAAAAACAUUUCUUUAUCACCCCUAAAAUCUAAAAUUGAUCUUGAUAUAUUUUAGUUCAUUAAAUGAGAUUAAUGGCCAAUACCUAUAAAAUAUUCGAUUAUUUUUGGCAACGUCUGGUAGACCUUAAUGCGGACAUUAAUUUCGUCGAUUUUGUUUUCAUUAUUUGUCAAUAGUGUAUGUAAUGUAGUUUCUUUUUGUAAACUACUGUACUUUGCUAACGAAAUGAAGCUCUUUAGGGAAAUAAAAUCAGCUGAUAUUUGUAUGAGUCUACAAAAUAGUUUUGAUUGCUAACUGGUGCGUACAAUAGGUCUUUAAACUAAUGCUUCUAAAUGCCGAGUUAAGAUGACGUUUACUAGAUCUCGUAGGUACUCCUGGAGCUAUCAUAUCUCAAGUACUUACUAAAAUUUUACGCAUUAUUGGCGAUGCAAUAGGAUUUCAUUUUGAAUUAACGAGGAACCUUAGCGUGUCCAAGUUCACACAAUGCAAUGAUUUCUAGUAGAGCGUUUAAAAAUUUAGGGUUCAUAAUGCGUCUAUUAAAAACUUUAAACUACUUAGUAAAAUUGCCAAAAUCUUUAUAUUAUGCUAUAGGCUAUGCUAUUUUAUGAUAUUUUAGAAUAUGGAUUUAUUCUCUGGGAUUCGAAAACUGUUACUGAUUCUGAACAACUCGAAUGUGUCUAACGCAAAUUUUUGAGAUUCGAUUUUUUUUUUUACUAUGUUUUUCCUAUUUAUAAUUACUUAGCCUACUCUUGUAGAACGCAGAAGAAUAAUAUUAAAUUUAAAAUUUAUUCGCGGUCUAAUAGCAAACCAAAUUCACUCUUUAUCUUUGCUAUCACAAAUAAAUUUUAAAGUCCCUUCACAUACAUUUCGUUUUUAAAAUAUCUUCCAUAAUCUUAGGUACAAUACAAACUAUUUAUAAAAGGAACCUCUAUCUGAGACGUAUUGUGUCUUAUUUUGUAAUGAUGACAUCCUCAUUUUAUAAUGGUUUGUUUUAAUAUUUUUAUUUUUAUUUUUACUAUUUCAUAUUUGUCCUAUCUUUGUUUAAUUGUUAUUUUUAAUGUUUUAUUUAACUAUUAUAAUCUACAUUGGUGCUAUUGUACUGUUACACUAUGCUAUAAAAAAAGGAAGGAGGAAACUCGUAUAUUUGUAAUAAAAAACCUAUUUUGUUUCUAUUUUACAAAUAAUUUGUACUAUUUUACAGGUGUUGAUCGAUUCUGUGACGACAUCAAAGAUAUGAUGGGCCAUAUGCCUGGCGUAUAUUGGAAAUUUUGUUGGCGUUUUGCUGCGCCUUUGUUCUUAGUUGUAAGUCUAAAAUACCCAACUACAUAAUAACAAACUGAAAUAAUAUAUUAUUUAUAAACGAAAUUUGUAUUUUUUGUUCGUUUUUUUUCUUUAAGUUUAUCAUAGUGUAUGGACUGUUGGGCUAUGAACCGCUGACUUAUGAAGGUUAUGUAUAUCCAGCUUGGGCAAAUGUUCUUGGUUGGAUAAUCGCUGGCAGUAGCGUUGCGAUGAUUCCGGCAGUUGCACUUUAUCAAUAUAUGAAUACGUCGGGAACGCCUUUACAAGUAAUUACAUUUGCCAUUAUAGGUAUUGUAAAAUACUGGGUGUAUUAUUUGUAUUAUUGUAUUGGAAUAGUCUAUAAUAAUAGAUAUAAUGGUAUUCAUUCAAUAUGCUAUCUACCAUGAAUAUUUUAUCUAUACCUAUUUACCAUAAUUUUAUGUUGAUUUAAUGUGCUAUCUACAAAUAAAAAUUGUCUUACCUUUAUAUUGCGGUAUUUCUAAUUGUCAUUUUUUUCUGAAUUUUUUUUUUAAUAACUUCAUUCAAUUCACCAGCACAAAUUGUUAGGUUUUUAAUAUUUUACUAGGGAGAUGUUUGCUAAUUAGGUAAUAUUAUAAUAAAUCACGGUUUUUUAAAAAACGUUCACACAUUUCUUUAUUUUGAACUAAAGUCAACACAAUAAUACCUAACUCGUAAGUAGUUGAUUCAUUUUUUUUUUUGUAAACAGUCUAAUUCUUAAUUUCAAAAUGAUUACAAUGUUUUCAAUAUUAUUAGAUAUAAUACAAUUUGAUAGAAGUAUAAACUUAAUACCAAAAUAAUAAAGUUUAAACAGAUGUAUAAGCAUACUAAAACCACAGAUAUAUAAAACAAUAAUUGAUACAAACAUUUGUAUAGAUCUGUGACUAAACCAGUAAAAGUAAACCAUCAAACGUGCGGUUGAUAGCAUAUUGAACGAAUCAAAAUAAUUUUAAAAAAUCUGCAGCAGAGCAUUGUAACUUAAGGCAAAUUUUCCUUCAAUAAAAUAAAACCAAUAACCAAAGACUAUAAUAAUUCAUAAUGCAAUACUACACUGCAAUAUUUUACUAGAAUUUUUGGGGAAAAAAUCUUGAAAUUAGAGUGUAGAUAUGGUAGGGGUGAUAAGAUAGGUGGAAAGCUGAAACCCUCAAAAGACACAUCCUUCAACCAUUGAUAGUAACACUAUAUAUGAAUGUAGGAAAAACAAGCCACGGAAAAUAUUAUCCAUGGGACAAAUAAACAACGAAAAAAAAGCCAAUAUUAUAUUAUAAUUAGUUACAUUAAGUGUUAUUAAUUCUAAAAUUAUAGCAAUAGUAUUUUAUACUUUAAUAAUAUUAAUGAAUGUAUUAUUAUAUUAUUGUUUACUGAUGCCUUAAAGAAUAAUUUUUUUAUAUUGAUUGUAUAAUGUGUAUUUUAUUUUUUUUUAUUUUUAUUAAAAACUUUAUUCGACUUAUUUUUAACUUCAGUAACUAUUCUAGUGGGGAAAUUAAUGGUUGGUCGGGGAAAAACAAAAAAAAAAAAUUAAAAUUACAAAGUAUACAAAUUGUCCUUUUUUUUCUUUGACUUUUUGUUCUGUGGAAUUUUUCUAAUUACCCUAUGCAAAUACAAAAUUUCACAUCCCCUCUGGCUUCGUUAAGGAGAUCUUUAGAGAUGAUCAAAGCUAAAAACACAUAUUCCUUCCACAACAAUAUGGUGAAAUUCAUAUUAAAAUUCAAUCAAAGUUUUAUCAUUUCAAUGCAACUAUGAAAACUUUAAUCCCCAAGUUAGAACUCAUUUGGUUCAGAAAGACCUACUAAAAGUAACUAUCAAAAAGUAGGUAAGUAGAUAGUGGGAAAAAUUUAUACAUUUAUAACAAACAUAAUAUGGUGAACAACUUGACAAUAAUGGUAAGUAAUGAUGAUUUUCAGAGAUUGAAAAUUUUGACUACUCCUUGGCGAGACGAACAUGACGACGAUCCUAUUUCAAUAAACGGACUACACAUUCUGACUGAUCCAGCACAAGUGAGGUUGACCAGUCCUGUAGCAUCUGUAGACGUUUAA